AUGUCUGCGCCUCCGAACACUGGUGACCUUCGUCCUACCACUGAGGACCUCCUUAAUGAGUGCCCUCGUUUAUUUUUAACGACGAUAUCAUUUCAGUCUGGUGUCGGGAAAUCUACACUGAUUGGCCAAGCCUUUGGAGUCGAACAGGCAGUCGCCGAGGAUGACAAGCCGGGAGAAGCUGAUAUUGAGAAAGAACUUAUCUCGCCGCAGAACGACCGGUUUGUCUUACAUGACAGCAAGGGCUUCGAACCGGCGGAACGCAACAACUAUAGCGAUGUGAAGACGUUCAUAGAAAACCGCAAACAUCAGCCACAUAUCAAAGAUCAAUUGCAUGCAGUCUGGCUGUGCUUCCGAACGCCCCUCGUACAUCAAGGCGAACGGCUUAUGGAAAAAAGCGCAGAGAAAAUCUUGCGAGAAGAUAUGGGUGUUAUCGGGGACAUUCCCACCAUAGUGGUAUUCACGAAAUAUGACAGGCUUCUGGACAGCUUGGACCUGCAGGGAGUUGCCAACCUUGGCUCAGCUGCAGAAGAGUACUUAAAAGAGAAUUGCAUCAAGCCCAUCCAGGAGUUCACCGCAAACCCAAACCUAACACAUCUCCCAGUUAGCUGUGAGGACGGCGGGCGUAGACAAGGGAUUAAGGAACUGAUUGAGCUCACCCAUGAGAAGGUCACUGCGACUUUUGGGUCCCAGCUGGGCAUACCAUCCCCAGUUUCGGUCGUGACCCAAAUGGCACAGAGAGUCUCGCCAAGGUUGAAAAUUGAGGGAUCGAUAACUGCGCUGACUUCUGGUGCCAAUUUUGGCAACCAUACGAUUCUUGAAUGCCUUGCUGUUAUUCAUACUGACAUUGUGUCCGUCUGGAAUUUCAAUGACCCAUCUCAAUAUCUCUAUAGCACUGAAUUUCGAGAACUGAUGAUAAACCUGGUGGGGACCAUUGAUUCGUCGACGCCGCGUCUCCCUCGCGCUGAUAGUACCAAAAACACAUGCGAGUCAGGAGCUCCCAUCUUGCUUGCUCUGCCUAUAAUUCUGCCGUUUAAAGUGGGACUGGGUCUUGCACAAUGGGUUCACGAGAUAUAUCAGCGACUACCGGACGUGCAUCGCAAGUUCAUGGCUUAUGUUGUCGAUCUGGUCCACAUCUUGGAGAUAUUGUUCGCACUCACUGCCAACAACAACGAAAAGAAGCUUUCCCGUGGAGCCAUUGGUUUGGCUCUCAACGCAUACUAUCAGUCAGCAAUACAGCGCGAGGCUCGCGAGCAGAUCAUGAGUCGAGACUAUAUAAUCCCGGGCCGCGACGCCGUCCUCGACGAGAUCGUUUCUUUACUUGGGAUGAGUGUGGUUGACGACCGAGGCAUUACCAGGGACCUUGCCAAUAUUCGACCUGGGGAUCUGGAGCGAGACGAUAAGUGGUUUACCGUUGCUGACAAUUCGCACUCGUUCAAUCGUUGA